AUGGAGGAAGUCUUUCGCAAAGCCGUCGCCCACAACGAGGCCUCUAGGAAAGCCUCGGUGUCCUGGAAGCCGGAUCAGCCACACGAACAAGCAUACUAUCUCUACGACGAUGCCACAAAGUCUUGGACUUCUCACGAAGCCGGAAAAUCGGUUCCGAAUAGCUCUCAAGAGAAGACUGCUCAGUCCGUUAUUGACCGUCUGGCCCUCUACGCCUGGAACAUUGACUUUAUGCUGCCAUACCCGACCUCACGGAUGGAAAUUGGCCUGGAGACACUAGCGAAUCUCACCUCUCAAGUUCCGGAAAACACGGCCGUGGUCAUCUUCCUCCAAGAGUGCAUAGCCUCGGACCUCGAGACCAUUGCAAACACGCCCUGGGUGCGCGAGCGCUUUGCCAUGACGGACCUGACCAGCCAGAACUGGGCCUCGGGCCACUAUGGCACCACGAUGCUGGUGGACCGACGAUUGCUGCCCCUCGAGGCCGUGUUUCGCGUCCACUAUUCCAAGACGCGCAUGGAGCGCGACGCCUUUUUUGUCGAUUUCUUGUUGCAGGGCAAAAAGGUCAGACUGUGCAAUUCGCAUCUCGAGUCCUUGGACAUGAUGCCGCCGUACCGUCCGCCCCAAGUUGAGCUCAUGGGACGAUACCUCGCAGAGGACGACGUUCAGGCCGGAAUAGCUGCUGGUGAUUUCAACGCCAUCCAGGACUUUGACCGAACGCUGCAUAGCGACAACGGCUUCAAGGAUGCAUAUUUGGAACUAGGUGGCCAGGAAGACAGCGAGGAAGGAUACACAUGGGGCCAACAGGCGGCCACGUCGCUGCGGGAAAGGUUUGGGUGCUCAAGAAUGGACAAGGUCUUUUUCUGUGGUGCACUGGAGCUCAAGUCAUUUGAGCGCUUCGGCCAAGACGUGCAGCUGGACAGUCCGACGGAGAGAGAUGAUAUUGUCGAGCUUGGCUUUGACAAGCCGUGGAUCACUGAUCACAUGGGAAUCAAGGCAGAGUUUGAAAUUAUAAAAAGCUGA